CCACGGUGCGCCAUUUGAGCCUUCCAAAUGACCUGCCUGCGCAGCCACAGCGGAUGGCCAAAACUUGCUCCUCUCAGCUAGGAGUCCCAUAUUUUCUGUGUCGGUCUGUAUAUCCCCCGAGAAGCGCGUGAUUGCCGUUUGUGUGUGAUUAUUUUUCGGUUUUCUACCCCUCUAACCGUUGAACCAUGUCUGAGUCGGCAAACGUCCCCAACGCUGCUUCUGACACUCCAGCGGCGGCCACUCAAGAACCUCAGGCUCUAGGAACAGUAUAUGAGGAAGUUAAUUGCAAUGCAACGAAGCCUCCAACGGGAGCUACUAAGAAGUUCUUGAGGAAAAUGGAAGUCAUGACAAAGAACUGCGGGAAGCUAACAGUCCAUGUGCAGGGCGAUCUGGACAACCUGGAGAAGAAAGCAGUGUUUUUAACUGUCCACGACAUAGGCAACAACCACUCAUCUUUCCAAGACUUUGUGGAUCACCCUUGCAUGGCCGAAAUCAAGCAGCGGUCAGUUUUUAUCCACGUGGAUGUUCCAGGCCAGGAGGAUAAUGCUCCAGAUCUUUCCAGCGAGUUCAGCUUCCCAACAAUCCAGAUGAUUGGAGAAGACCUCAUAUCCGUACUGGAUCACCUGAAAAUCAAUCUGGUCGUUGGCUUUGGAGAAGGUGCUGGGGCUAACAUCCUCGUGCGAUUCGCACUGGCCCAUUCUUCCAGAAUACUGGGCCUUGUACUCAUGCACCUGGUAUCGACAGGUGUUGGAAUGAUGGAGUACUUCAAAGAUAAGAUAAUGAACUGGAAGCUCCAGAAUGUCGGCAUGAACCCAUCUGCUGAACAAUACUUGGUGCUUCACAAGUUUGGGGCGCAACUUGAGAUGGUUGACAACAAAGAAAGACUCAUCACAGACUACACAGAGAAGCUCAAGAAGCAAAUCAACCCUCGCAACCUCAAGCGUUAUGUCGAAUCGUACAUGAACCGCAAAGAUAUCAGCGGACUCAUUGAAACCAACUUGAAGAGUAUGGACACACUGCUGGUGACAGGCAGCAAGGCUGCUCAUGCCCAAGCUGUACAAAACAUGUAUGCCCGCAUGGAUAAGCAGAAGUCGUCCAUACUCAAGGUCGAUGCUGUCGGCGACGUGUUGCAGGAGGCACCCGAAAAGCUUGCCCAGAGUCUGUUGUUGUUUGUCAAAGGAUUGGGAUUCCUGACCUCUAUCACCUUGCCGGGUGUGGAAAGACAGAGAACCUUUUCUGGAGGCGAUCACAAGAUGCUAGGCGCUGUGGGCCGCAGACACACGCUCUCAAUGGAGGAUUACGACAUCCCCCGGACGAGAAGGACCUCACUCACUGCUGUACAGAAAUAAGCAGCGUUCCACCGUCAAGCUUUGUACCAGCCGCGACGUAGAUAAAAUGCUGCCAGGGCGUUGCUGGCUGCGCAAGGGUGGGGGUGCGGCUAUCCGAACCUCCGUCUUUGUGCAGUUUGAUGGUAUCACUCUUUAAGUUACACAAGGUAUAUAGUUUCCGCACCCAGUCAAAGUGCUGCCUUUAUUUUUUUUUUUUUCCUUUAGAGAGUGUAGUUCCACCUGCUUGUGAUUGCUUUUCUUCAGAAAUAACCUCAAAGUUUCAGAUUCAUCCUUGCUCAUCUGAGAGUUGUUUCUGCCAUAUAACCAGACCAGACAUUACUUGCCUUCUGUAUGUCCUGAAACGAUUGCUAGGGGGAACAAAAAAAAAGACUGCUUCGGAACAGUUUCGUACCCUUUGGCUUCGGCAUGAGUAGACAGCUUUUUGUACAUGUUUGCUUUUUCCUUGCAAGCUUUGUAGGGUUCACCAUCCCGUAACUAGAUAAUCGAGCCUUUUCGAUAUAAUCUCACACUCGCACUCCUGAUUUCUUCCGGAUGGUGUUAAGUCCGCUUUUGUACACACUUAUUUUUCACGAGGGUUUUUGGUACGUUUGAGUGCCAUUAAGUGUUCUAUGAAUGAUAGGUUACGAGUGUUGGUGAGUUAAGGUUCAAGUAAGAGGCAAAGCAACGCUUAAUUCCACCUUUUUUUAAUCUCUCCCUCCUCUAGUGUGGUGUGUUUGAUAGGGUUUUCAAAGUGUGAGUGACAUUUUGAGUUUGAUCCAAUUUAAGUACCAUGUCUAUGCUUUCGAUCAAAGCAUUCAAGUUGUGGGCCAACCAAGACACCGUAAUACUACGAGAGCAGCAUAAGCGCGUACUGCAGUACACAAGACAAGCUUCGUGGGAAAACGUACAGCAGUUGCCAAGUCCUAUCCCAUCUGUCCCGUCAGAUACGGUGGGCAAUCGGGUCGCGAGCAGCCCUGCGGUAAAUUGGCGGGAUAACGCACGACAGUGAGAGGCUUUAGCAGCUCACCCUACCCAACACACACUUCUUGACAGGUCGGAUACACUCUUCAACGUCCGAGACGGUUGCUCCACCGUUGCACACUGCGACCUCGUCGAAUGUGCAACGUCCUCUUCUUGUGGAAUCCCUGUCGUGUUGUAUCGUCGAGAUGGAAAAAUGUCCCAUUCCGGUGCAGUCCCCCUCAUGUCGUGGUGUUAAAACAAAUGCAUAGUUGUCUGCUCUACGAGACAUCGUUCUGCAUGUACCAUCUGUGUCCAGGGUGUUGUGUGUACCUCUCAAGCUACGUGUUGCUCCCAAAAAAAAAAAAAAAAAAACGCAUCGCUUCCACCCCCACGUCCCACCUAUCUGAACCUUCCUCGUGGUGAAAUUGCUGUUGUCUGAGAGCCACGUCCUACAGAAGACCUUGCGCUUUUUUCCUUGCUCUAUGGCAGGGUCGUUUCUAUCAUGCUGUCGUGUCCGUGAUUGUGCCCAUGGCGAUGUGCAUGCUUGUCAGUGGCUUAGCCUCGAGACAGGGUUAUACAUAGACAUCAACCAUUGCUGACGUGUGUGCAGUGGCUGCUUUUAUGGCUGUACAUACAUUUCUUGAAUGUGUUUUCUCUCUCUUGUGUCUGUGAGGAUCUGUAAGCUUCCCUGAAAAGCUUAACACCAUCCACGUUUCGUUUCGGAGGUACGGAUAGAGAGCCCUUCAAUCUCGAAUUUUCUGAAGACUUCUGUCAGCUGUGUGUGCUGCUAACAGAUAUCUGCGUCACUGCCAAGCCCUACGUUCGAACGUACUUGGUUGCAUUGCACUGCACAGCCUGCACAUGAUGGCUGCCAAAGUCCUGUGCCAAUGCAUCAUAAAUGCCUAAAGUAUUAAGACGGUGUAUGUUGUAGUUUGCUCGCUCCUAUUAUCGAAAGUCGCAUCAAUCUGAAUCGUAGUCGAAUCUUGGCAGUGUGUACGUAUCAAAAGAGGAAAAGAAAUUAAAUAUAUCGCGUACAAGGAACAUACACUGCUGACACACACCACGAUGCAUCGCGAGAUUUUUUAAGAGACGAUCCACAAUUGUGCAGCAAUUCGAACUGCAGUUAUUCUCACCCAUUGACUCUGUGCCCUUUAACAUUAUGUAAAGUUAAACAAAACUACAUUAUACUUUCCUGUCACAACCGUACCAUGCUUUGUUCUAUGGAACAUAACGCUCUCCGUCAGGCUCCCAACAGUUUCAGUUUUCUCUGUUUGAGCAACAUGAAGGUUUAUUGAAGGUUCAUCAUAUUAACGUUACACAAUACUAGGGCAAGCUUCAUCCUCUUCCUCAGUAGAGCCUGCAAUUUGUCCAUUCGUGUCAUAGUAUGACUACUACAUUUCACGAGCUUGUUACUCGAUGUUUAUGUUUGCCCGCGCACUUUACUUUGGACUGACAAUAUGCAGCAUACUUUUGUGCAUGUUUGCUAUGGCAUAGCUGCUUGCAAGUUCAUUUCGCAGCAGCAGCAGAGCAAAGGUGAACCAUUCUCAUACAAUGUAGUCCCGACUGAAAGCAUUGACAAGGGCUGUAACAAUGUCCUGCAUCACUUAACAGCGCCAGACCAGAGCUGUCCGACGAGAGUUGUCACAGCGAAAUACAGCACGGUUACCUCCGCGCUGCCAGAGCAAAAUUAGAGUUUGUAGAGAGAGAGAAGCCAGCAUUUAGAUGGAAGUUGAAAGCGAAAGAUUUUGCUGUAUGCUUUGUUUGUCCUUCUCUGGAUGUGUAGUUGUUAGCUGCUAACUAUUACAAGCGUUAGAACUUAUACCAGCCGUACGAGCUAGUUACCAUGUGUAUAUGCAUUUUAACUAUCGUUGCAGUAUGCUGUAUAUUACAGUUAUUGAGCACGAUGCGUUGCAUAAUAUACAUAUAUAUAAACACACACUAUAAUAGAUGUCUCUGCUUCCGCUUGCGUCUUAUUGUGUGAGCUAUUCCUCUGUUUUAUGGUAUAUACGUAUAUAUUAUAUAUGAUACACAUCAUACACGGUGCAACGUUUAAAAUGCUCUGCGUGUACGAGCACUAUCGCACACGCUAAAAGUUUUAAUAGUCCCGCGUACGUCUAGCCACGACAGUUUUCAGGACAAGUGCUUUCCCUUUUUCUUUGAAGGUGGCAGACCUAAUGGUGAUUCUUGUUUGCCAUGUGAUUGCCAUCAGGUGAGAGUAAAGGUCGGCUGGCAGUUCCCCAUAUAGUAGCAGCCAUGUAUUCCUGUACUACUAGCAAAUAUCGGUGAUGAAAUAAACGGAGACAUGUACAUUAA